CCUGAAAAAACCGGUGGAGAAAAGCGGGUGGGUGUCGAUGGGGGAGCGUAGAUGUGUAGACAUUACUGUUCAAACGGAUCAGGGUACGUUAGCCGAGGAGCUGGGAGAGGAGACCUAACGGCUCAAAAAGACAGAAACCCACGGCCGUCUCGGUCCGACACACCUCGAAGGAGAGAGACGAAGAAGCCGAGAGUUGAUUAUGGUCCUGAUGGUGGCUCUGAUCUUCAUACUAUGGCCUUUCAGCACACCAAGUCGAGCCUCUCCCACUGACCCAUGGAGCAGCUGUCCAGUGGAUAAAAAGUGUAAGGAAAAGUUUGCCAAUGGAGUGUGUGAUAAUGAGUGUUCCGGGUCGCAGUGCUUGAGGGACGGCUUCGACUGUGUCAAAAACAAAGAAUCCUGCAAUUCAGGCUACAUUCUGUACUGUCGUGACCACUAUGACAACAUGCACUGUGAGCACAGUUGCAACACUGCCCCCUGUGGGUGGGAUGGCUCAGACUGCUAUAAAGACCAACAUCCCACCUGGGCCAAAGGAGUCCUGGUCCUGCAGACCACCAUCCCCUUCCAGAAAGGUCCCUUCCAGAACAACUCUUUGCUGUGGGCUCUCAGCAUCCUACUCCAGACCAGUGUGAAGCUGAGGGGAGUGGUUCCUUUCCAGCCCGACGCUGACCUGUACAGUUGGGAUGCUCAGCAGUUGGUAGAUCUUCACAGAGAUUCACCCCCCGACGACAGUAACGGGUCGCUACUGUUUCUUCAGGUGGACAACAGCCUGUGCACUCGUCUGCCCAUCACCUGUUUCCCGUACGCAGUAGAGGCAGCAAAUUUCCUGAAUGCUGUGGUGAAGCUGGACCGAGCCCCGGCCCACGUCAAGUCCGAAAUCCACACCCUCACCUGCAUACGGGGCAUCGACAGAGAGAUCGCAGUGACAGAUACCUUCACAAAUCACUCAGGCUCUCCUGCCUGGCUGUGGCCUGUGGUGGGUGUGGCAACGGGUGUAGCCGUGGCGCUGGCCAUGGUUUUCAUGGUGGUGCUGGUGUGGAGGAGGAGGAGAAGAGAGAGGAGAGAGGGAGGAGACAGAGUGCACCACAGGUCUACUGCUACUGACAACAACAACGGCAGUAAAGCCUGGACGCAACGCUCAACUGACCAGCACGUGGGCAAGGGCAGGUCAGGGAGAGAAAAGGACAGAAACGGCAUGAAGAAAAAGAAGAAAGGGAAGGAGAUGGGGAAGAGGCGUAGGGAGCCGCUUGGAGAGGACGCCAUUCGGAUGCGACCUCUUAGGAAGGACCUGGACAUCGGCAGUGACACGGACAUGACCCAGAGCUCCAUGGAGGACAUCAACAGGACAAUCUGUGACCACAGGUCACCAGCCCAGAAACACUACAACAUCAGUCACCAGCAACCGCCCGUGCAAGCACUGCCAGGAAGAUGGGACAGGAACGUCACACCCACACAGCAGCGGAUUCCAAACAACGUGAGUCCUUGGUUCACUUCAGCCCCAGUGCAGUGGUGCGGUCCUGACGGCUCUGUGGUGCUGAUCCGUGCUGUGAGGAGUGGACUGGACCGAGUGGUUCUGGAGUUGCUGAGGGCUGGCGUUCCUGUCAACAAUACUGACCACACCGGGAGAUCCGCCCUGCACUGGGCAUGCUCAGUAAAUCACCUCUCAUUGGCUCGGACGCUGAUACGCUACGGUGCCGCGGUGGAUCUGCAGGAUCACAAGGGCGAGACAGCUCUCUUUCUCUCAGCCCUUCAUGGUUGCUACGAGACCGCCAGAUUCCUCCUCCUAAACGGGGCCAAUCAGGAGCUGACUGACCGCAGAGGACGAAGGCCCAUAGAUGUGGCCCGGGACGGAAUGCACCACCAGGUGCUUGAGCUCCUACUUGCCCACAGAGUCCACCGCAGUCCAUUUCCUAUGGAACCAGCCACUGAAGUGCUGUGGGAUGACCGUGCUUACCUAUAUUCUCCGUGGGCAGCGUCUCCUCCCUGUCUGCCCGGCAGAAGUGCCUCCUUUUCUGGGGUUAUAGUACCACGAGAGAUGUCGUCACCGCCCCCCAGUGACUGGCAAAUGAGUAGAGGGCAGUGCACCUCACCCCAAAGCUGGCGGCCCAUUCCCAACCAGUCGGCCACAGCAUUGGUCAGCCCCAGAAUCCUCGGCAGGCCUUCGCGACCAAUCAGCACGCUUCAGGAGGUCACUUCAGAAGCGGAAGAAGAGGAGAGGGAAGCAUCACAAGACGUCCCACGGGCCACAACGCCCCACUUCCUGUCUCCUCAGCCAGCACCAAGGCAGCGCUCCUUCUCCUGCACUCAGCAUGCGCUGCAGCGUCGAUUCAGCAGUAACCAGCCUGAGCAGUCCGUCCCCAUCCAGCCGGAGAAACAAGCCAAUGAGCACGUCGAGAUAGUGGUCAUGCCUCAUCCCAAAGCAAGCUCCAGCCAAGCCAAGGGUGAAAGUGCAGUAACGGCACCCAGCCUGACUCAGGCAGACUCUGAGAAAGAUAGCAAGAAGAGCUGUGAGUCAAAAGGCCCAAGUGAGGUGGUCAAUUAUGACCCCAUGUCAGUCCAGACUGUUAUGUGAGAGACAGAGAGGGUUGGGUCUGUUUGAUUUCAAAAUGUAAAUAUGUGUAUUACUUGCUAUUAAUACAUAUUUUGACUGUGAAGUCAAAAUAGUAACUUAAAGCUGCACUAUGUAAGCUUUGUAGCAUUACUGAAUCAAGCGUUUUUGCCAUGCACACAGACUCAAACAGAAGGUCCAGCUGGAUGUUUCGUCUCAGAUACAAAAUAAUCAUUAUCCCGAGGAGGACAACAGUAGAUAAUUCACUCACGUCCACAGAGGACACGUCCUUCUCCUACUUUUUCAGUGUGCUUGAAAUCAUCAGAUUCAUCCACUCAGGGAAGGGGUCUAAAGCACAACACUCAUUGCAAAAUGUUCUACUGCAUGUUUCAUGCAGUUACACAUUGCCACCAGGGAGGUCGCCAAAUCCCCAAAAUUACAUAGUGCAGCUUUAAUUGUUUUCACCAUUUGAAGGCAACAGUUCUUUACAUUGUGUGAAUGUUUUUCUAAUGUAUAAAAUGUACACACAAUGCAAAAUUAUAUGGAAUAAAAUCUCUUUAUAUUUACAUGCAAUAAAGUUA